GGUCUGCAAUAAUGGAGCGGAGUAGCAGCCCCAUCAAAGACUACUCCGUCAAUGUCUUCUCCAUCACUCUGUGCCAGCCAUACAGUUCUGAAGUCCAGGUAUCCGAUGGCGACAAAGCUGGUGCCACUUUUCUCUGGUCUUUUUUGGGACUAAUAGGAAUUACUUUCACAGUGAUGGGAUGGGUGAAAUACGAAGGCGUUUCUCAUUUUGAAUGGACUCAGCUGCUGGGGCCGAUUCUGCUUUCAGCCAGAGUGACUUUCUUGCUGAUCUCAGUGUGCUGCAAAUUUAAAAUGCUCACCUGUAAACCUUGCAGUGAAAGAGAAGAAAGAACCUCAGGGAUGGACCAGAGUCCUUCUCGGACUGUUUUCACUGGAAUUAGCCAGCCUAUAACUUUUUACUGGGCUACAGUGGUACAAUAUAUCCUUUCUUACCCACCUCAGGAAAGUCUUGAUAUAUAUUCUGCAAAUUUCCACCAAGUUUGCGGCCAUCAUGUGCUUCUUCCAUCUUCUGGACCAAUCAUUCCUGGUCCCCGCCCUCCCCAGUAUUAGAAUGUCUACCCAGUGGAUAACUUUGUUUUGUCUGUAGAUGAGAACCAUUCUGCUUAUCUUUCAGCGAACACCAGAAGUGAAAGGUCUUCCUGUGAAUCUCAACUAAAGACAAAAAUGCAACCUCAAGUAUACUUUUCAGCCAAAGCACCAUCAGAAAUACUGGCAGCCCCCCCACCCCGCCCCAAUCACAAAGGACACCCCCAACUCCUCCACAGCAUAUAUGCAUGA